AUGUCCUCCGUUACCACUGGCAGCUCUUCCUAUGCUGCAGUGUUAUUGGUGCUGCUGUUAACAGUUACGCAAUGCGGAAAUUCCAAGUUUCCAAAUCUCGGCUGCCAGAAAUUGUGGACUACACGCAGUGCUCAAAAUGACCCUCUUACGUGCAUUAAGGACAAGACACGUAUCUUAUCUCAUUGGGAGGAUAUUUUGUUACCAGUUUUGGCUGGUUUACUUCUCGCCUUAAUCGUGGUCAUUUUUCCACUGACCUUUUUCUCCACAUGCCUGUGUUCCUCUUGUUGCAAGCCUUCCUCUAAGGACAGAGGUAGGAAACAACGUUGCUGCCUUUGGAUGUGGAUUGCGUUUGCUUUUAUAUGGGCUUUUGGUGUUGCUGUCUUCGUUUUAUUUGGAGCACAGCAGCUUAAGAUAACGUUGGACGAUUUGCUAUCUCACCGGGUUAACAGACCGCUGAAUUCCCUCAGGUGUACCGCGGAUAAGAUUCUUGGUUUAGCGUAUGACUGGAGGACAGGAGAGCCACUGCGGGAGGGAAUUGGCCGGGAAACAAUAGAUAGCACCGUUGACAUGGCGAGGAGUUACAUUACCAUGGCGAAAGGGUAUUACGAUCAGUACGUACAUUGGGUUCCCACUGUUUCUUUCUGCAUCGGAGCUUUUGCGGUCUUAGUGAUGGUUCCCAUGUUUAUGUUUGCUUACUUCCGCUGCUGUAGCAAGUGGUUACCGCGGUUGCUCUCGUGUGUAUAUUGGCUAUUUGCAAUCCUGUUUACGGCGCUUGGUUUAGUAAUUCUAUUGUUGGCGUAUGCCUUCGGUCUCGUCUGCGGGGAAAUAACUUUGCACUACGAUCGGAGCCCGGGAUUGAUUCAAUGGUAUGCUUUACCCAUGUGUGAAGAAAAGUUUAAUUUUGCGAAUCUUAACAAAAUGAUUUUAGAUGCCCAGAAGGAUGUGUCGCAGAAGGCAUGUGAAGAAAUUCUCAAGUACUGUGAUAAUGACACAUCACAACUCGGUGAUCAAACCGGCACAGGAGGGCUGGCUGCUCUUCUUGGAAGGAAUCUCCCACCCGGAUUGGACCCAAAGGCUCUCCCACCUGGAGUGAAACCAGAGGACUUUGAAGACGAAAAGGGUUUGGACAGCUUAUUGGAGUCACAUAUCCCAGGAGUUAAUGAUAAGGAGAAGAUUCCACGCCGCUAUGAAGGCAGCGUUCCCCCUGAUGGUUCACUACCGGGGAACAUGAGGGAUGUAAUUGGUGCCAAGGCGACUCAGUUCCCCCAACUGCCAUUUGGCCCUAGCAAUAAGAUGCUGACAUGUGGCCAGGGGGUUGGAAGCAAAGAAGAAUGUUCAACCUUUGGUUUCACCGCCGCGGUCAUCAGUGGAACAAAAGUUAAGGGGGGUUAUAUGGUUUGUCCGGAUGGUGGCAGACCCUGCAGUCUGCAAGUUUGUGCAGAUAAGUGUAAAGUUCCGGACGCACAAAACAUUGCAAAAACACUUGUGGGUGCUGCUCAACUCGCAGUUAAUGUAAGCAUUGGGCUUUCGAUUGGUCGCCCGCUGUUGGAAUGCAACUUCAUAUUUGAUACCGUACUGACUGCUCUGCCUAACUGUGACGGUUUGUAUUGGGGAACGAUGAUGCUUGGUCUUGGAUUUUUCUUGGGUGGUAUGAUGUUUGCGCUGUCCAUCUAUAUACUACUUCGUGGAUCUUGUGUUUGGAGUGAUCUGAAAAGAUGGGAUGAAGAUGAAGAGAAGGACUCUGAGAACAAAAGGGAGUCUGACAAAAGCCCUGCAAGGAAAUAA